AUGCUACUACGUUCUUUAACAGGUGCUCUUGCCUUGGGUGCCGGUUUGGCCCAGGCUGCAAGCAGCAACAGCUCUACUCCCUCCAUCACGGUUAAGGGCAACGCCUUCUUUAACUCCGAGUCAGGCGAAAGAUUCUAUAUUCGUGGUGUUGACUACCAGCCUGGUGGUUCUUCUAACUUGACCGAUCCCUUGGCUGACUCCGCUGUGUGUGACAGAGACGUCCCCGUUUUGAAAGAUUUAGGAAUCAAUACCGUCAGAGUUUAUACUGUAGACAACUCACAAGACCAUUCUCACUGUAUGAAACUGCUCCAGGAAAACGGCAUCUACUUGAUCCUGGACGUCAACACUCCCACUAGUGCCAUCUCUCGUAACGAUCCCUCUUGCUCCUACAACGCAGACUACUUACAAAGCGUGUUUGCUACAGUGGACACCUUUGCUGACUACGAUAAUGUGCUAGGGUUCUUUGCUGGUAACGAAGUCAUCAAUAGCGUCAACACAACCAAUACAGCAACCUACGUCAAGGCCGUGGUYAGAGACAUCAAGAAAUACAUCAAGGCUAGAAAAUACAGACAGAUUCCUGUUGGUUAUUCAGCUGCUGAUAUCGUAGCUAACAGGCAAUUGUCUGCUGAGUAUUUCAACUGUGGCGAUGAUGCGGAUGCCAGAAUAGAUAUGUUUGGUGUUAACGAUUAUUCUUGGUGUGGUGAAUCUUCAUUCGUUGUGUCUGGUUAUGCCACCAAGAUGAAAUUAUACCAAGAUUAUUCAGUUCCUGUCUUUUUGAGUGAAUUUGGCUGUAAUCAAGUCAAGACCUCCCGUCCUUUCACGGAAAUCGAAGCUAUAUAUUCCACUCAAAUGUCUUCUGUGUUCUCUGGUGGGUUAGUCUACGAAUAUUCCAACGAAACUAACAACUAUGGGCUGGUUCAAAUCAAUGGUGACAAAGUCACUAAAUUAACAGAUUUUGAAAACUUGAAGAACGAAUACAGCAAAGUCUCUGAUCCCCAAGGUGAUGGUGGUUACAGUACUUCUAACAACUACUCUAGCUGUCCUGACUACGAAAAGGGGGUUUGGGAAGCUAACAAUACCUUGCCCGCUAUGCCAAGUGCUGCUUCUGCCUAUUUCAAGUCAGGAGCAGGUUCUCCAAUGGGAACUGGAAUUGCCACACAACAAAGCUGUGAUUCUGACGAUGAUGAAGACAGUGACGAUAGCUCCUCUUCCUCUUCUUCUGCCUCAUCUUCAAGCUCUUCCGAGUCAUCGUCGUCUACUUCAGAAGCCUCUUCAUCUGCGGCCUCCACUAGUGAUGCAAGCGUGGUGAAAUCUGCUUCAUCUGCUACAUCCUCUAGCCAAUCUUCUACAAAAUCAAAAGGUGCAGCCGGGAUAAUUGAGAUUCCAUUAAUUUUCCGUGCUUUAGCUGAAAUUCAUAACUUGAUCUUAUAA